AUGGCUGAAAGCCUUCCAGAGAAGCCCUCGGUCACCAAGUCUUCACUCUAUCCGGAGCAAGUCACGCGGGUGAUCAUUCCGGAGAGAUUGGAUUCAGUCAAUACCCAGCAUUUGUACCUGCGCAGGUUGGACAAGCACGAUGCUGCAGAUCUGUUUGAAUUUAGAUCUCGCCAGGAGGUGGCAGAUUGGCUGUGGCCAAAGGUUCCUCACAAGGUCAUUGCAGAAUCAGAAGAGGCGAUUGCCAAGAAGAUCUUCGAGACUCCUGAUGGCUCUGGAACUGUAGGACGUCAGUUUCAUUUCGCAAUCAUUCAGAAAGAUGAUCCCAAGCAGAAAGUCAUCGGCGCGGUAGGAAUCAACUCCUUGGUGCCUGCUCCGUCGGUUGGGUACGGCAUUCACCCAGAUUACUGGGGUCGAGGGUACGCUGCUGAGGCAGUAAGGGCGGUGAUUGAUUCUUGGUGGCAGCUGGAUCGAAUUGAUGGGGAAGACGCAGAGGAAGAGAGACUUUAUGCUGCGUGCAAUAAAGCUAAUAUCGGCAGUCUAAAGGUGCUACUGAAGAAUGGGUUUCAGAUCGAGGAAGAAGUUCCCAUUGAAGGUGACACUGUAGCCGUGCUUGCUCUAAAGAGACCAUGUUGA